AUGACUACCAAUAAAUUGACCAAAGUCGCUGUCUUUGGUGCUUCUGGUAACUUUGGCACACCCAUCACAGCUGCCCUCACAAAGGCUGGCUUCAACGUCACCAUUAUCACGAGAACUGAAUCCAAAUCUACAUUCCCUGAAGACAUUGCCGUUAUAAGAACGGAGUACACCUACGAUGCUCUGGUCAAGGUUUUGUCUGGUCAGGACACAGCUGUAUGUGCUGUCGGACCAGCAGGCAUUCCCUCACAAGGCACCAUGAUCGACGCCGCCGAAGCCGCUGGAGUAAAACGCUUCAUAGUAGCUGACUUUGCUUGGGGUCCCAACUUUACCAGCUUUCCUGAGUUUGACUCAGUUAGAUCUCAACGAGCUGUUGGCUUCGAGCAUGCAAGGAAGCACGCAGCUGCAAAUCCAAAUUUCACUUGGACCAGUAUUGCUACAGGGAAUCCUAUUGACUGGGCCUUGAAGCGCUUUACAAUCAUGGGUUUUGACAUUAAGAAUCAAUCAGCCAUCAUCUAUGAUGAAGGCAAAGAGUACUUUACAGGAACUACACUUCAAGGUAUUGGACAAUCUGUGGUGGGUGUUUUGGAAAAUCCAGCUGAGACAGCAAAUCGCACUAUCAAAGUUGUGUCUAUCAAGACAUGUCAAAAUGAAUUAUUAGAAGCCUUUCAGAAUAAGACGGGAAGUAAGUGGGAGGUUCAAAGGCGAACUACGCGUGAGCUCAUCGAAGGAGCGCGGGAUAAAAAGGAGAAUGGUGUUGGAGGAUGGAUGCUUGAUUUGGCUGUUGCUCAAUUGUAUGAUGAUGGAGAGGCUCGUUGUCUUGUUGCGCCGUCGUGGGAGGAAUCGGAUUCUGGUUUGCUUGGUGUCAACAAGGAAACUGCUGAGAGCCUCGUUAAUUCGGUUGUAGCUAGUGUGUAG